CCGACCAAAAUGAGGAGCCGCCACCAAGCCGCUUGGCUAAUUCCGCUGACGUUGUGUCAGCUAAUCGUAGCACAAACCACAGAAGUUCCAUCGGCACUGCUGCCAAUUGAGGCUCGUAAUGCUGAUUUUUCGGGAGAAGAAGACGUCAUCUCAACCAGCUAUGUGCUGCCCAAUCAGAUCUUUAACGAAGGCAAACCAUACUAUGCCCGGCAGGAUCCAGUAUCAGGACAACUCGACUUUAGUGCCAAGAAACCAGCAGGCAUUGAGCCAGAGAUCAACGAAGUGCUCGAUCCCAAUGAAAAGAUAGUCAUUAGUGGGGCUCCAUCGCCCAAUAUACAUGAUUUUCUCAAUCUGCCAGUGAAGUACUCGUCAUCGAAGUUCGUUUAUCCGCUGGUGUCCAGUUCAUAUGCGAAUUUAAAGUAUCAGGGUAGCAACAAGAACUACAUGACGAACAAGAAGCCGACAUCGGUGGUAGCACAAGUCACUCUACCGCCACCAAAUAACUAUCACAGCUCCAACUAUUUCACUGUACCGACUACAAGGCUAACAGCAGUGACCCCCACUGAGGCAGUAUAUAAUCCUUCUAGCACCAGCACAACGACAACGACUACAACUAAGACAACAGCGACAACAAAGGUAACCUCCAAGAGGCCCAGUCCUUCUCCCAAAACAACGAUUGCAAGCACUAGGUACACAUCCACGUCUCGUCGACCUGUGGGUCUGACGGGUCCAACCACUCCGAUUCCUCCACGGACUAGCACCACGCGCAAGAAGUUUGUGCCAACCAAGAAGUACAGUCCAGCCAUAACUUCAGUGAAGACAACGCCGACGACAACCAUAGCCAGCCAGCCCAAGCCCACUGCUAGUAGCAGCGAUGUGGCCUUCACCACCCACCAUGCCACUCCACAAGCACCUAUAUUCCCCACUGAUCCCACAACAACUACGAAAAUGUAUUCGACUACUACUACGAGUCCGCCAGUGGCUUUCACUGAUGAUAUUACAAAGCCUCCCGCCGUUAGCUCCAUUCCUGGAUCUGGUGUACCCAAUCUGGAUCCUGCCGAUGUCUACCACACCUUGGGACAGAAGAACAAUCAAGCUCAGCAAGAGCAGCAGCAGCAUCAGCAGCAGCAACGAGAAAAGGAACAGCAACAGCAGCAACUACUGCAAGAACAAUCACCUUCAAAAGCUCCUCCGAUGACACUUAGUGACAUUUUCAACAGCUUGGCGGAAGAGGAGUCCGCUGUGGCCACAAACUACCAACAGAAUCAGGGUUUCGAUGCCCAGGGCAAUCUCAUCGAGCCAAUAGCUCCCUCACGUCCAUCGCCAUUUGCCAUGCAGAACCAACUUCAGGCCAAUCCAGCUAAGCCCAAUCUCCUUAGUCCCAGGCCCCAAGGCCCCCAGGAAACCAAAGUCAUUUCGGGAAGUCAGGAGAACUAUAGCAAUGAGUACGUCUCUUAUCAGGUGCAACAACCCAAUGUCAUGCAAUAUAGACCAGUGCCCGGCCAGAUCAAUAAUGUCGUAAUUUCGCCGGAACAGCAAUCGGCCACCUUUGUGCUGGGCAGUCAAGUCCAGCAGGUGGGAGUGGGCCAACCAGUAGUAGGCCAAUAUGGUCCUGGAGCUAAGCAGCCAUCCUUUGUGAAAGAGAAUGUUGGACCCGUGCAAUAUGGUCAAGUUAUCAACGAGGACAUAGCCAACAUUAACAUUAAGCAUCCUCUCCCUGUAGUCCAGGAUCAAGUGAAAAUGCCCACCAGUUAUCAACAGAUGCCCAAUAUUCAGCACAACUCAAAUUUCCAUCAGAAUGGUGUAACAAGCGGAACUUAUCAAGAGACGCCGCCAGAGGCUCCUUCGCCCUACCAGCAACUGCCAUUGAUUGGUUCCUCCAAAGCCCCCGUCAAACCGGCCACAUCAGCGAAGCCGAUGACAACGGUGCAGCCCACCGCUAACCAAGUGCAAGAUGUUAAAGAACUCCUGGUUUCGACUAACAUACGCUUCCCGGCAAACGAAGGGGACUCUGUUGAAUUUUCCCCCGCUUCUCCAGCUCCAGGUCCUCCAGCAGGUAUACACAUAAAUGGCCACGCCCAACCGCUAAGUCUUCAGCAGAUCCAGAAUGCCAAUCCAGUAGUCUUUCCCAAGGUUAAAGACGACGAUGGUGUCCAAAUACAGCAACAUCCGGUCGUGAACCUGCACAAGCCACAGCAGGAGCAGCAACUUCCAUUGACAUUCCCUGCUCUCCAGCCUGGGCAACCACAGCCACAAGGCGAGCUUCCUUCACGGGAUAUGGAGCCACCACCACGUUAUCCCACCACCACAAUGCCUGUUCAACGUCCACCGCCUUUCUACAACGAAUACAAUCGCAAGCCACAGGCAGGUGGUCCAGGACCCAGACCACACAUAAAUCUGCCCAAUAUACUGCCUCAAUUCCGUCCAAAUGCGAAAUUAUCCAGCGGCCAUCCGCCCAAUUUGAAGCAGGAGCCCGGAAAUAUUCGCCUAACCAGCCAAGUAGUGAAACGGCCAUAUAAUCCCUCGAUGCCACCGCAGUUCGCCCACCGACACUAUGCGAUGCAGGGACAUCAACAGCAGCAGCAGCACCCUCAACAGAUCAUCCAGAAGCGCUAUCCCAUGAACCGGAUUUCCGAAUACCCAGCCGGCCCGCCCAGUCCUGGUGAUGUGAACAGACGUAUCUACCGCCCGGCAUCACCCUAUGGUGGCCAUAACUUCCCUUAUAUGCCCGAACAUUUGUAUGCUCGUCGACCAAAUGGCCCGCCACCUAAUGCUCCAUUGCGUUCGGGCGAAGGCUAUCCUACAGAGCGUCAUGUCGCGUCCCCAAUCGAACCGUAUAAGACCAUCCAGGAAGAGGGAUUGGACAAUAUUGAGGAGGAGGACUUGGUUAUAAACGAUCCACCGCAACCAGUCACGCCCAGCAACGAUCAAAUGAUUGGAGACAACAUCAAAUUGGAACCAGUUGUCACAUUGCAAAUGCUGCAGUCGCAGAAGAACGCCGUGAGUUUGCCCGGCGACGACACGGGUGAUGGUGAGAUCCAGGUGACGGCAGAUAACGAUCCCCAGGAAGCAGAGGUAAGCAAACUAACCCAACAGAAGCUGGAUCAAAGCGGCCUCUACGUUGUCUUUCCCAUGAAGGCGACCGACGAGAAGCAAGCCAGCGAACCGCCCUCUGCCCCGGCCGAGUAUCAGAACACUCCCUUCUCUGUCAUCCGGGACCAGCCACAGGAACCCAUAUUGAAGAACAAGAAGCCCCAAUCGUUGCAACAACAGACCAAGGUGCAGCCCAUGGCCAAAGAAAAGUUUCCCUAUCCCAUCGAGAAGCCUGAUCCAUCAUACACAGAACUGAACGGUGCAAACACAGUGCCCGGCGUGUUGAUUGCUCCUCGAAUUAUAAGCGGAGCAUAUGGCAGUGGCACCGAAGCACCCAUUGCCAUAGCCUACACACCAACAGAGCCGAGUGCUUAUGUUCGAACGGAACAACAAAAUCAAAAAUUCUCGACCGUGAUCAAUGAGAUUCGCACACAAGAUACCCAAACUGAAGAGGGGCUCAGCGGUGAUUUCGAUUUGCGUGGCCAGAGCUUUGAGAAGAACUUUAUGGCGCCCUUCUAUCCAAGUCUGAGCUUGGGUACUGCCACAGGACCUGCUGGAGGAGUGACUAAUCCCAACUGGAAUGUAGUGCCUUCUACCACAAAUAAGGCCAUAUACGAAAAGAACAACAUUAAUCGAGCUGAUGUCGACGCCAUCGAAGAGAACAAAAAGGAUGCAGAUUCCUCCGAACUGAUAUUAGAGAAAUCUGAGCUUGACAAUUUCCAGCCUCAGUUGCAGGGCGGCUUCAAGCCUAUUUAUCCCCCAGGCUAUAAGCACGCGGAGCAGGAAUCAGACCAAGACCACAACGAAGAGAUGCAAAACCAAAAACUGGCAAUGGAAAAUAAACCCCUGGCAUUGUCACUGGUAUCUCAAAGUCCUACAACGACAACGACAACUACAACAACAAGCACCAGCACAACAAAGAAGCCACCAACAACAGCCUCAAGCAAUGGGAUUAAUAGUAGUUCGACCUCUACAACAACUAUUAGUACCACUAAAGCAGCUGCAAUCGAGCAAUCGUCAUCAUCAUCAUCGACGUCAACAACUUCUAUUACCAAAGUGCCCGCACAACGAAAGAAAUCAAACUUUGAGACAAGUCUAGCAGCGCUUCUGUUUGGCGACGAUGAAGAGGAAUUCGAGGAAGGCAGCGCCCGCAAGUCUGUGGAGGUGACCAAAGCUCAAGCUCUACCCCAACCCCAGCCCCAAGUCCAGACUGGCCCGCGAAAUGUUCCACGAAUGGGACCGCGCAGUCUGUCGUUGAGCUAAAAUGGCUGAAUACGCUGCUGCAUCUAGGAAGUUAGAUUAGACGAAUUUUAGUUUAUAUUAAUUUAUUCAAACUUUAUGUGGUAAUCUAGUUUUUGUUUUUACACAGCUUAUUUUAAGUCAUAAUAAGCCUACUGGGCUAGAUCCCCGCGCUAAAGCCACCAACGAUCUUAGGACAUUUUGCGAGUCUGAUUUGAAAUAAUAAUGAUUAUGAGAAAAAGUUUCUCAUUGGACUCUCGAAUUGUCAAAGUUGAGAUAAACAUUAAAAAAAAAA